GACCGAUUGAAUCGACAAAGAGGGAAAAUGGCGGACAUGGCAGAUGAUCUUCAAAGGAAAAUGUAGCUCCUUCAUUUGAAGACAGAAAUCUAAUAAUAUCUUAGGUUUUGUAUAGCGUAUUAGCACUAUAGAGGGCCUGAGACGUUUUUACCUUGUUCUUCAUUAGUAUAAUAGAAUUGUUAGUUCUACUAAACAGCGAUCAAAAUUUGUCCUAAUGUCAGUGAACUACGCAGCUGGACUUUCUUAUUAUCCCCACAAAGGAAAAUGUGGACAGCCUGAGCUUUUCGACUCUCCCGAACAGCUAGAAAUCAAGAUGGCGGAGUUCACAAAGCUUUUUCGUGAAGCUAAACACAUUGUAUUUCACACGGGAGCUGGUGUGAGCACAUCAGCAGGAAUUCCAGACUUUAGAGGACCGAAAGGUGUUUGGACCUUGGAAGAAAAAGGAAAAGCUCCACAAAUGGAGACUACGUUUGAUGAUGCCAAGCCGUCUAUUACACACAUGGCUUUGGUUAGACUAGUAGAGGAAAAUUUUGUUCAGUAUAUUAUCAGUCAAAAUGUGGAUGGUUUGCACAUUAAGUCAGGACUAGCCAGGUCACACCUUUCAGAGCUCCAUGGUAACAUGUUUAUAGAGAAGUGUGACAGAUGUGAAACUGAGUACAUUCGCAAAAAUGCAGUUACUACUGUAGGAUUGAAGAAGACUGGAAGAGUGUGUGUGAAAAAAGGAGUCAGAGGAAACUGCAGGGGUAAACUACGAGAUACAAUCCUUGACUGGGAAGAUUCUUUGCCUUAUAAAGAUCUUGUUAUGGCUGAACAUCACUCAAGGCAAGCUGAUUUAGCAAUUUGCCUUGGAACUUCCCUUCAAAUCCAGCCAAGUGGUAACUUGCCUCUCUUCACAGUCAGAAAUAGUGGAAAGCUUGUUAUUGUAAAUCUUCAAAAAACAAGACAUGAUAAAAAAGCUACCUUGGUCAUUAAUCAUUAUGUUGACGGUGUAAUGAAGGAACUUAUGGACAGACUGGGAAUCUCAAUCCCUUCUUUCACUGGGAAGCCAUGGUGGACUGACUCUGAUAGUGAAACAGAAUAUCCUGCUAAAAAAGAGGAAAUGGAGGAAUAUGAGGAAAAACAUGAACUGAGUCAUGAAACUUGUGAGGAGUUACCAGUAAAGAGGUUAAAACAAGACUUUGAAAAGGACCCUCAUGACAACAAUGAUCCCUAAUUUGUUUUUACUUGUCAAAAUGAAUCAUAUACAUCUUCUUGGUAGAGCUAACCUCAUUUUGAAACCUUUUUCUUUGUCAAAGCAAAACAAUUUUGUGGUGGUUAAGUUUUGGGUUGUACCCUUUCAUGACUGAAAAUGGUAGAGAUUUAAUUUUUAGUUGUGAGUCAACUGAACUGUGACUAGGAACCCAUUUCUUGAGAGUCCUGGUAACUAAAGGGGCCUGAAUGGAAAUUUAAAUAGAGAGGCAGGUUCUCACAUUCCAACCACUCCAUUUUGUUGCUUUAGCUGAUAGACUCCUUGUAACUAUUGAAACCCCCAUCUUGAAUGAAAACAGAACAGAUUUGCAAGCCUGUUAAGUUACCUGGACCAUUGAGAAACAGGCCUCAAGCUCAUGUUGACUGCUGCAUACUAUUGUUUUCCUAUAACAUUGGCCCUUUACCAGAAUAUUCAUUGCUUUCAUAACUUCUUGAGAGCCCACAGGAUAUACUGAAUACAUCAUGGAGGGUUUUAAGGUAUUCAUUUCAAUUUGAUGCAUUCUUUAGUGAACCUUCAACCAAUCCUAAAAUUGGCCAUGAAAACUAUGUGGCAUGUAGAGUACACAAUGGAACAGGGAGCCAAGAGGUUUUAACCCAAAGAGAAGCCUUUUCACAAUUCAGUCUAUAUCAACUUGGUCUUCCCAUUUGGUAGAAAAAUAAAUCAAGCUACUAAGAGGGAAUAUAUUCUUACUUUUUAACUUUAAACAGUUUAAAGACUGGUAGUCCUUGAAAUCUUUUCACGUUUUUUAUAUUAUUUCUACUUUUAAUUUAUUUAACUUACAUAGUUAUUGAAAAGAGCUCACUCUUUAUAUCUAAAAUACAGGUAAGAAUAUUUAUGUUGUGUUGAAGAGCAGCACAAAAUAAAGAAAUUGAAU